UUGGUUGUUUCAGGCAGUAGAUUAUUGUGCUAGCUGGUUAGCUAACAGUCAGUCAGGUGUUUUGCCUCUGUCAAGCGUAGCUAGCUAACUGUAUGAAAUGGGCGCUUCGGCACUGCCCACGUUUAUACUGACAUUAGUCGUUGUUUUCAACGAAAUUUUGGGAGACAAGAGACUAACAUUCGUGACUGUGCUGUAUCGUCAUGGAGACAGAUCCCCUGUCAAAGCCUAUCCUACAGAUCCCUAUCAAGACAGCUCCUGGCCCCAGGGCUUUGGACAACUGUCUCAGGAGGGGAUGAGGCAGCACUUUGAGCUGGGCAGGGUGCUCAGGCAGAGAUACCAGGGCUUCCUCAAUGAAACGUACGACCGACACCAGAUCUCGGUGAGGAGUACAGACUAUGACCGGACCCUAAUGAGUGCCCAGGCUAACCUGGCAGGCCUAUAUCCCCCCAAUGGCUCCCAGGUGUUCAGACCAGGCCUGGACUGGCAGCCUAUCCCUGUUCACACUGUGCCCCAGGCAGAGGAGAGGCUGCUGUCCUUCCCCAUUUCACACUGCCCUCGCUACCAACUACUCAUGAACGAGACGGCGCAGACACCUGAGUUCCUCAACAUGACUGACACCUACAAGGAUUUUCUAGAGAUGGUGAGGAACAAGACUGGUCUGACGACAGCCAACAUCGAGUCUGUCUGGAGUGUCCACGACACACUCUUCUGUGAGUCAAAGCACAACAUGAGCGCCCCCUCCUGGGUGACGGCGGAGGUGAUGGAAAACCUGAGGAAACUGAAGGACUUUGGCUUCCAGAUCAUGUUUGGAGUCUACAAGCAGCAGGAGAAGAGCCGGCUUAACGGAGGUAUUCUGCUGGGCCAGAUAUUGAAGAACAUGUCUAAGUUCUCUGUUCCAGACCCCAAGCGCCAUCUACGCAUGAUGAUGCUGUCUGCUCAUGACACCACCAUCGUGGCUCUUCAGUCCAGUCUCGGCGUGUUCAACGGCCAGCAGCCUCCAUAUGCUUCCUGUCACAUGUUCGAGCUCUACCAGGAAGACAACGGGUCCCUAUCAGUGGCCAUGUUCUAUCGUAACGACAGUGCCGCAGAGCCCUACCCCCUGGUUCUGCCCGGGUGUGCCCUCCACUGCCCCUUGGAAGACUUCAUCCACCUGACUAGCCCCUCCAUCUCAAACGACUGGGAGAAAGAGUGCCAGCUGGACGCCUCUUCCAGGGACACGGAAUUGAUGAUUGGUCUAGCGGUAUGUGGCUGCCUCCUCUUUCUCCUCAUCAUCCUCAUCCUCACCGUCAUGUAUCGGCAGAAGGAUGUGAGCGGUGGUUACAGUCAUGUGAUGAAUGAGGGGGAGGAGUCCUGACAGAUGGACAAGCUCUGCCUGCUGGGCAGUGGAGGCAGCCAUCGAUAUGACCCCUGGGACAGCGAGGACGACUUCUGAACUUUUCCCUCCACCUCGCAAAUUAACAGCUGGUGUUCUGCCCUGCUGUGACCACUGAUUGGCUGUCUACCUGCCCCUUGAUGGUGCCACAGGAGAAGGGAACAUGGUUGCUUUUAAUCUUGGUCUUCAACUCUGCCUUUUAUGUGACAUCCUGAGUUUGACCUCUGAUAACCAGAGAGUUUAUCGCUGAAAGUUGAAUGUGUGUGUGUAUGUGUGUGUGGCUUGAUGCCUGUAGUUCUGGCUGACGUAACAGGAACCACAGGGUCCAGACUGUGUACUGUGCUGAGCGGGCCUUCACAUUGUGGCCUGAGGCUCAUGGCUGAACUGGGGGAGAGGCUUGUGAAACACUGGUACUACUGUUCCCCUUGAACUAUCUCUGACCCCCCCCUUCCCCCCACAACCGCUAACUCUGUUCAUUCCAUGUGUGAUUCCUGACACUAGUUGUUGCUGUGCUCAACCUAAGAAUGUUCUUAGUAGAAUGUGAUGCUUCCUUCACACAGUCCAACUUGACACAAGCUUCUGAAUUCUAGGAUGUUAUGAGAUCUUCACCAUUUUAGGUUGAAUCUUAACAUGGCAUCAAUGGCCUUCACCAUUAUGUUUGAGAAUCUUCUGAGACCAUUACCAUUGGAUUCUAGGAUGUUCUCUGAGAUAAUUUCCAAUAAGCUUUACCAAUGUCUUUGUAAUAAGGCUUGACAUGAUUUCAGCAGUUUUCUGAUAAGACAUCUGUUGUUUUGUAAAACUAAUUAGCAACGUUUGCAUUUUCUGUCAGCAUUUGUACAUUUUAUUGCAUUUAAAUUAAGGAUCUUGUGGUGUUAUUGCAACUUUUCCAAUGAGAAUGUAAUUAAUUCACACAAUUUAUUGUUCCAGCGAUAAAGUAAGUCUGGGUCCGUUUAGGAGGUUGCCAUGGUAAGCUCACAGUAUGAAGUGCCACAUAAUAGUAUUGUCUUUUUAACAAGGUUUAUCCAAUCAGUUGUGCUGUCAAAUAAAAUAUUGAACUUUAAA